CCGCCGUGCUCCCCACUUUGCCAGCGCCUGUCCGCAGCCUUCGGUUCUGCGCGCACCCAGCACCCCGCGAGAAGCACUGCACACCGACGGAGCGGACAUGGGUAGAGCAAUGGUGGCCAGGCUUGGAUUGGGGCUGCUGCUUCUGGCACUGCUCCUACCCACGCAGAUUUAUUCAGAAAGCUCUACCCUAGCAUCAAGUACAGAAAAACCUAGCACGACUGCCUCAACAACCACAAAACCAAGUGCUGCCAGCAGCGCCGCCACCAGCUCUGCCCCUACCAGUGCCACCUCCACUGCCACCACCGCUAGUACCACAAGUGACGGUGUCCUGAAGGCCACAGCCAGUGUCUUUGUGAUCUCAUUCUCCCUUCUGCAUCUCUACUGUUAGAGACUCAGGCCAAGCAACAACUGUACUCUCCCAUCUUUCAAACCCAGUCGAAGUGGCAUCUGGACAGCCAGCGUGACAAAACACAUCUUCAUCAAUUCUGCUAAUCCCACACCUUAUUAAUAAUUGACACAGAAAAUGUUGAGAAUUCCAAAUUUGAUUGAAAAGCAUGUGAAAGGAUAUGGAUGCCAAUAUUAAAUCUGCUGGAGUUUCUUGUCCAAGAUGAAGAAAGACAACCAAAAUUUGUUAAGAGAUGUUUCCCUUAGUUAUGGUUUCAGGAAUAUGGACAUAUAAAAAUCUUGAAAAUAAGAACAGAUUUUAUCUUAGCUAGACAUAAAGGGUGGGAUGUAGAACAUUUGGUUCAUUAAAUUAGAAAGUCAUAAAACAGUUAUGAAAUAUACAAAGUUUCCAUGAUUCUUCCAGAUGUCACAGUAAAUCUCAAUGCAUUGUUUCAGCAGCACUGAUUUAAUGACAACAUACUCUAGAUAAGCCUUUACAUUGUUAAACUGUCACUGUUGUCUUGGGAACUGAACUCUUUCCUCUACAGCUUUGGAUUUGACUUUUGAAAUUGAUAUGUAUCAGGGCAAUGAGGGAUUGGAAUCUACCCAAAUCCAGGCAUAAUUAGUAAAUUUCGCUUAUGUACUUAAAUCACCUAUUUCUCUUUAACAGGAAUGCCAGAUUCAUUUAGCUAAACUGAUUCCAAAGAAUAGAAGUACAGUGACCUCAACUAAUGUCAAUGUUUUUAACAAUUUAAAGAAUGAUCUGUUUGAAGGCAAAACUGACAAAUCUUGAAAUUAAAAAGGCACAAACUAAUUCAGGUGUUUGGGAAGUGAAGACUGGAGGCUAACUUGCAUUAAAUUCAGAAAACUUUUAUACGUUUUUUGUAAAUACUUUUUUUAAAGCUAUGAACCAGAAUAGUCACAUUGGAACUCUUUCUGUUAUGUCAAUAUUUUUAGAUAGUUAGAACCUGGCCCUAAAACCCAAAGUGGGCUUGAUUAUGAAAAGUAGAUCUUUGCCACAACUGCCUCAAAUGCACAGAAAUCUUUUUUAAGAUAAGACACUUCCUACAGUCUUUUGUUCGCAUGGUCACACACUGAUGCUUAGCUGUUCCAGGAUCUAAUAUGGCCACAGUAGUCUUGAUAAUGAAAGUCAUUUUUUUUUUCACCGAUAGAAAUCCACCUGGGAACAUCUUUUUCCAACAAAUCUCAAGCUACUGUGUGUGUGAAUGAACAUUCCCUUUUGUCUCAUACCUGAAUGCUGUACAUCUAUUUUGGAUUGUAUAUUGUGUUUGUGUAUUUAUGCUUUGAUUCAUAGUAAUUUCUCAUGUUAUGGAAUUGAUUUGCAUUGAACACAAACUGUAAAUAAAAAGAAAUGA